GCUAAUGCAAGAUCCAUCGACAUAAUUGGGCGAACUUGGAAAUUUAUUCGAAAACCUUGAAAUCGCUAAAUCCAGCCUCGUUCUUCAAGACUUCUUCAGGCAACAAGCGCUCUGUAUUCUUGUGGGUUCAAGUGAUAAUUGCCUGAUCAUUCUUUGUUGAGUCGUUCCCAAGUUCCCAGCCUACAUUAAUGUCAGAGCCUCAGAGGCGUCUGCCAACGCACAAUAUCGAUCCAACAAUACCACAAAAGAGUUUGCCUUUUGCCCUACAAGGCUACGUGUCUGUUAAGCCUCAUCCUCACUCAAAUAGAACGAAAAAGAAAGGAUGCCAUGAGACCAGACAACCCACCGAUGUCGCUACAAUGUCGCAAAUUUAAUGUUUGAGACACCCAGGCAGCCCGAAGCCAUGCUCCAGUAGCUUUUGCUUCUUGUUAACCAACUACCUCCCACAGUACAGCCAUGGCGGACUCUUCUAGAGAUUCCACUACUACUCUCCAUGAAGAGCCCGAGGGGAUUGCGCUCGAUAGCGUAUUCAGAUCUGCAUCCACAAUUCCAGGCUAUAAUCUCGUGGAUCCGAGAGUGCAAUCUUCCAGUACGACUCAGGCCAUGUGCUUGGACAUAAACAACCCGGAAAAAACGAAUGAGACCCUAGAUGAAUCUAGCCUGCUGCAAAAACUAGAGACCAUUGACUUCACUCUGGCAACAGCUCCCGCUGAAAAGCCUCAAUUCUUCCUGAUAACAUCGAUGGGAGAUCCCUCUGUCGAAUGCAACUUUCUCGAGAUUUCUCCCAAUUCUCUUGAAAAACUCUAUCAUACACUCCGAUUCCGCAAUGACUACAGCUCAUUCUAUACUACUCGACUUUUCCAUUGUUCCUAUCAUUCUCACUAUGAUAUAGACGCCGAUCCAAGUGGGCCUCCCACAUCCAUUAUUAUCGUUUUUCGAUGUCCACGAAAUAGCCGAUGUAUUUCUUGCAUCAUGCGAGUCCAGCUUGCCGAUCGCAGCUCCGUAAUAUUCCUCUGUGGACCAAAUCCCCACGACUUGGACGAGAUGCGAACUCUGUGCAUUCAGAAAUCGGACCUCCUAAGAGUACACCCAUUGUAUUUUCUUACAUUGAUCAGCGAUCAGAGAUAUCCACUUUGGGCUAGUUCAUUCGCGGGCCUCUGGCUAGAGGUGGUAGUGGCCGAAACAGCAACAGGAAUGAACCGGCCAGAUUGGAUGACCACGGUUCUGAAGCAACAGAUCCCAGAUCGAAUUCAGGCCUUAUCAGACACUGACAUUCUCCUGUACCAACUUCAUGCAACGAACACAGAACUAUGUCAAUGUGAUACCGUCAUGUCCUUUGCAGUAAAAUAUGGCAAUUUCUGUCUACAGGCUUUUGACGUCGUGGAAAGCUCUAGAGAACGCAGAGGACAUCUUCCAUUGCCAGUUAGAUACAAGUCGGAUUUGAAAGACAAAAUAGGGUUUUAUAUUGAGAUGUAUGAGGGGGUAAGGAGUAAGCUUUCAGAAGUGAAAGAGAGAAUUCGAGGACAAAUAAAUGUGUCUAUCAGUCUCAUCGCUCAGAGAGACAGUAAGACCAAUCUCGAGAAUAGCAGAAGUAUGAAGACUAUUGCAGUAAUGACACUAGCCUUUCUCCCACUAACGCUCGUGAAUUCAAUAUGGUCGGCAAAUCUUUUCCAUCUUGAUAACGCAACAAACUGGAAGCUGUUUGUCGGAUUGUCAGUUGCUCUCACCAUCAUCGUCUUCUCCUGUUGGUGGCUAUACAUAUACAUUUCUAGAAGACGCCGGGAUGCAAGGUUACCUCGACUCGUGAAGGAUCUCGAGUUCGAAUUGUCUGACGUCGGCAGCGUGCAAAAUCUUGUUUGAACUAUUAGUCUAAUGCUUAGAUUUUAUCUAUAAAC